AUCGUGUGGCGUCCUAUGACAUUCCACUCCACAUAUCAGGUGCCUGCCUCAUACUCACUCGCAAGGCUGUGUGCCACGACGUGGCUGUAGCUUGAGGCUGUCAUUUCAUUCUGUGAUAGUAGAAUGUUUUCUAUUGGACGCCAUUUAGAGACAUCUCCAGCAUUAGUUGCCGAUUUAAGCUCCAGUUCGCGACGCCAAGCAAAGCUGAAGACUGACGCCCUCGAACGACGAAUCCAGACCCGACCUCCAGACCAUCCCAAGUCUCAGGGCACGGGUAGUUGAGGAGCCUCACUGUCUCAAGCCUUUGCCUUAAAGCUUAUGCCAACGCAAGAAAUCUCAGUUCACCCAAAUUUCGUCACUCUGCUCUUGCUUUUCGGUUUAGCGAAGAAAACAAAGUAACCAUGACUUCUUUUCACACCUCACGAAAAUUUGCGCAAACAGCAAAAAUUAUCUAUAGUUUUCUAUACAUCUUCUCAAUCCUCGAAUUUACCGUCGGUCAACUCACAGGUGCCUGUCAACGUCCCGUUCUCGGACAGUCAUCCAACAGAAUUCCAACCACUGGACAGGUCAAUGUCAGCGUAAUAUUCAUCGACUUCCCCGAUUCGCCCACGAAUGGGUCAGCAGAAGCUCUACUUGAGACUUUGCCAUUUUCUCAAGUCACGAACUUCCUGAAUGAAAGCUCGUUUGGACAACUAAACCUCAAUAUUACUGCAUAUGCCGACAAAUUCUAUCAUAUGCCUGGUGCAAGCACGUCCUACCGCUAUGCUUUUCCAUUGACCACGGAGGCCCAUCUGGCAUAUGCUUCCGAUGCUGUAGCUGCCGUGGGUACGAAUAUAUCGUUUGACGACACACAGAUUCUUUUCAUAGUGCCUCCACCUGCCUCAUCGAUACCUUUUUCCACCACGGCUUUCGUUCCAUUAGUUACGAAGAGUGGAAAAACGAUUCCUAGAUUCGUUACAUUUGGCGCUGAUGCCUUCACGAAGUCCACGAGAUUUGAUGCCAUGACCGCAGCGCUGAUUGGCUAUGAUCUUGGACUUCGGCCAGCAUGCCCUCCUGCGGCAGGACAAGGGGCAGGCGACCCGAAUCUGGGAGGAUUUUCUCCGUUUUGUAUUGCAACUCCUCUGGUACCAGAUUUCCUGGCUCGGCAGAAGUGGACGCUUGGGUGGUUAGAUGGCGAGACGCAAGUCACUUGCGUUGAUCGUAACGGCAACAGCUCAGAUACAGCGGUGAAUAGCACUGUGACGAUCGGUGCUGUGGAGGUCGUCGAAGACACGACAAAAUCUCAAACCAAACUCGCGGUAAUGGCUUUACCAGGCGGGUUGAGCUUGUAUGCUGAAGCUCGGACAUUGAAAGGACUGGAUACAGGCUCCUGUCUUUCCGGUGCUGGGGCUGGUGGUGUUCUUCUCUAUUACGGCCUGGCUACCAGCGAUGCAACUAUGACUGAUACCAUCUAUGUCAUCAAUCCUCAGCAGGGUAGCGACACAGCAACAACCGGACCUGAGACUUGCGCCAAUGGACUUCCUGGUUUCCUGGCACCUCUUGGGCUGGCUAUCAACCAGGUCAACAAUUUUACUAUUCCCAAUACGGGAGUUCGUGUCACUGUGCUUUCGCAGAAUCAAGAAGAGGGUACUUUUGAUGUUCGGUUCGAAUCCCAUGUACAGGAUACUGCUAGUCCUACGACGACAACAGCGAGUUCGAGUACGAGCUCUGCGACAUCAACUUCUACCGCUAAGUCGGAGGCGACGAGACUCCCGGGGGCUGGGAAAGUGUUGACUAUUGUGGUGAUUCCAGGGAUCAUUCAUGUUGCAAAUUCGCUAUGGUAAAUAUGGUGUAAUUGAUUCAACCUGGUGAUUUUUCAUUGAUUCGGUCUUCUAUCAUAAUAAGCGCUAUUAUCCUCCAUUGAGUGGAAUACUUAAUAUGAACUCGAUAUUUGUCAUAUAUUUCAAGUCAGCAUGAAAGCUUCGACUCAAAGUCAACAAAUAAAUCUCGGUAAAGUAUCC